GACGAAUCAUACACCACCAACUGGAGGCUUCUUUGAUACAGAAUGAACAUUCCAAGUUGCAGGCCUUCCGGCGAGGCGGAUUCAGUCUCAAUAUCGCCGCUUCGUCAGAGGCCAAAAUCAAUAGCAAUCCAAGGCUUCACGGUCACUACUCAAACACUCCCGAUAUUAAAAGCAGAGCCCAUAGAGAAGAUGACAAAGGAUUUAGGGAUCGCCCCCCCAGAAAUGAUUUUUGGCGACAACUAUGUUGAAAUUGCGCAUGAGGGGACUCCAUGGAAAAUUGCAUUCAAUGCAUUUGACGCCUUGGAUCUAGUUGAUAAAUCUGGCGAAUCCAUGCUACAAGUCGCCUACUCGAAGCAAUGGCAAAGAAGCAGAGAAAAGACUCAUGAGGGUAUCAAAGAGAUUGUCAAACCCUUCGACUGGUCUUACAGCACGGACUACGCGGGAACUCUCGGCCCUGGUAGUCGACCGUUUGAGGCAACGACCAAACGUAUACCAACUGAUCUACUCAAGCGGCCAGAUCCGAUUCUGUUCUACGAUGAUGUGGUUCUUUAUGAGGACGAACUAGCUGACAACGGUAUCUCCAUGUUCUCAUGUAAAAUACGUGUUAUGCCGGCUAGACUUCUGUUGCUUGCCCGCUUCUUCUUGAGACUCGACAAUGUUCUGUUCCGACUCAAGGAUACAAGGAUCUAUGUUGAGUUUGGUACUGGGGAGGUAAUUCGAGAACAUCAGUCCAAAGAAUGUGAUUAUGAAACGGUGAGACAGGCUCUGGCCUUAACGAGGGACGAUGUCCCAGCCGCUAUGAGGGACCCCAACAGACUUUCAGGAUUCCUCCGCCUUGUUGAUACACGUCUAGAAAGGGCUGUCCUUGUGGCCAACUGACAGGCCUGGGUUCGGAUCCAAUUCAAUCCCUCCGCACCCUCUUCUCCUUCCCUUUAUACUCGAGGGAAUGACACAUGUUCUCAAACCUCCAUAAACGUUCUAUAAAUGAGACCAGGUUGGGCUAUACAAUCUGUACAUAAUGGAUUCUCCAAAUUGUUGGCCUGUGGCUCCCCCCAUCUCACCUACAGCUGCAUCUGGUUAAUUGGCACAUACGUGUGCCAUUACUCAUCGGGCAUAGUUCUGGAGCGCGGUGUAACACUGUCAGGCCCCGUUAUAACGAAAUAAUAGUGACGUGUGUAUGAUUCUGUUAUGUAUACAGGGAUUUCCGCUACAUCAAUUUGUUGUAUCCCUUCCAUGUGUAGGCAAU